AUGGCGUCCAAUGAAAAAGAACCAACAAACAAGGAUAUUAUGAAAUGUUUAAAUGGAAUAAGUGACAGAUUAUGUGCAGUAGAGAAAAAACUUAGUGCUUUUGACCAGAUUGAGAAACAAAUUUCUAGUUUUGAAAAAGAGCUUAAAUCAAUAUGGGUGGCUAUUGAUGAUAGGGCAAAGAAGGUCGAAGAGCGAGUGACUAAAAUGGAGGAUAAGAUUGACAGCACAGACAUAAGUUCAGCCAUGUUAGCGGGAAAAGUAGAUGAACUUGAAAAGGCUCGUGACAGUAUUAAAGAGGAGGUGUCUUAUCUCAAAUCUCAGUCAAUGAGGAACAAUCUUAUCUUCACCAAUGUACCGGAAGACAACUCUAGCGGCAAUGAGCCAACGGAAGUGACCGAACGUAAACUACGGAAACACCUCAUGGAAGCCUUGAAGGUUGCCAAGGAGACAGCUGACAAUAUCCGCCUCGAGCGUGUUCACAGAUCACCAGGUCAGCCCAUACCUGGGAAAACCCGGACUAUUGUUGCCAAAUUUACAUUUUUCAAAGACCGCGAGUUAAUUAGAAGACAGUGGAAACAUUUGAAUGACACACCUUAUAAAAUGUACGAGCAAUUUCCACAGGAAGUGAUUGAAAAGCGUAGGAGACUAGUGCCAAGAAUGAAGGCCGCCAGAGAGAAUGGGAAAAGGUCAUGGAUUGCAUAUGAUACGCUGUUCAUCGACGGUAAGCCUGUCCGGGAGUAG